AUGCACAAGUCUAUGUCCUUGCUGGACAGACUGGAGAACGCGCUGUGUGGCUUUGUCCUGAUGGACUUAUUUAAGCUGCUGAGCACCAGAGAGUGCAAGCGGCGAGGACUUCCAGCCAACAGUUUGUGGAUGGCAUCGCAGACGCACCGCAACCUCCAGUAUGUGGUCAUGGGUUUUGUGUCCUCUGUCUUGGGAAAAGACAGAGUGGGAGAUCCAUGGAAGAAUUCUCAUCUUAGAUGGACCGAGUUACCGAUUGAAAUGUGGUUUGGUCGGCUUCGUCAAAGGGCUACUUCGGCCCAAUUCAACGCCAAGCAGUAUUGGUCCCAUGCUGCUGCAGAGAUGAUGCGAACGAAGAAGCUUGGGGUCGGUGAGAGUGAUUCGUCCAUUCUCCAACCACCCACGGAGGAAGAGUUCUAUACGGCCAGCCAGCGAGCCCUGAACAGUGCCCUCAAACUAGCAGCUUGGGCCGCUGAGGUUUCUGAAGAGACCCUGUUGGCUGCCUAUGCCGCGUCCGCUCCAAACAUGAUCCCCGCAUAUGAUGCCAAUGAAACCCUCCAUCCUUGGGAGAGGGAUCCAAAAGAGGAUUGGGAGAGUGAAGAUGCCGCAGCAGAUCCUGAGCAGAACGCAGAGAAAAGGUGGCAAGAACUCCUCAAGCAUGUACGGGAUGAGGCCGCUGCUUCUCUUGAAGCUUCUGAGCAACCUGAAGGGCAUGACCAGAAGCGCAGUGAAGAGAACGAGAACCAUGAGGAAGAGAACACUGAAGAGAACACUGAAAAGAACGCAGAUCGCAAUGAAGAGAAGAUUGAGGAACCUGCAGCUAUGGACGAGUUUCAUGCAGUGCUGGGCAUGCCUGAUGGGCUGGACCUCAAAGACCUUUGCCAGGACACCGAGAUGGAUGCUGGAGAUGCUAUGGCUGAUGGCUCUUCGCAGUUACUUUGCACACUCCGCGAGGCACUAAGAGCCACAAGUGACAGCAGUAGCAUUGAGUGCUUUGAUAAACUGUGGCGCUUGGUUAUGUGGAACGAGAUGAAGCUGGCUGAGCUUCGACUUGAGAUGGAUGACAAAAAUUCAAACUUCCAACGCGGUGGACGCUUGGAAAAAUGGAAACAACUGACUUUGGAUGCAGCUUUGAAACACAAUGCGCAGAUCGAACUGCCUGACGCAAUUGAGAGUGGCAACAUUGUGGCAGUGGUGGUGCCGAAAAAGUCCCAGAACAGGAGGCAGCGGGCUUUGAUUGUGGCUUACAUCACCAGCGUAUGGAAGAGCAACAAGCAGCCAAAAUUGGUGACAUCGGCGAUUCCUCUUGGGCAUGUUGUAGCGUUUCGCUGCACAGAGCUGCAGCCCCUGGACCGGAACGUGGCCUCCUGGCAGGCGAAGGAGGACUCACCUGCCUGGGUCUUGAAGCCAGAGACCGUGGUUGCAGUUCUGGCAGUCUCAGAGGCAGCUGAUUCUAUGCAAUUGGGAGUAGACCGGUUGCAAGUGCAACUGUGUGGCGAGUCGGUGGGAAUCUUGGACCAAAUUGAGAAAGCUGCCGAAUGGUGGCCCGAAAUGGAUGAGGAUCAAGAUGCAGGAGGCCAAGAUCAAGCCGUGGCUGGUUUGUUUGUGUCUGCCAGGAGAAAACGCAAGCGUGCCAGUGGCAGAGCAAACCAUAUGAAAGAUGCGAAGGAGAAGGAAGCCAAACAUGGCAAAGAAGGGAAGCACAAGGUGAAUAAAAAGAAAGACAAGAAGGAGAAAAAGGAGAAGAAGGAAAAGGAGAAAAAGGAAAAUGAGAAGCCCAAGUGCUGGUUAAAGAAGGCUCGUAAGGAGAAACCAGUUGCCUUUGAAGAAAAACAUUUCAGGCGAAAUGGGGUUGGACCUGUGCUUGUCGCACAAACGAUGGUAAAAAUGAAAUGCUUGGAAGAGGCAAAGUUCCACGAAGAGGCAUCAUGUUUUAAUGUGGAUGGCAAGUGCAUGAUCGAGAACAAGAUCUGCUCUGACAUCAUGUGGGAGGAUGUGGUGAACAAAGCGCAUGACUUCCUGUGUGCGGAGUACUCCGAGUUCCAUACCAAACGCUUUGGCAGAAUGUUGUUCGAGAGAUUUGAACGAGUGAGAGAGCAACUUCAGCUGGGUGAGAGCCGCAGGUGUUGGAUCGUUUUGAUCGUUGACAUUUGCGGCUUUAUCAAACGCACGUCCACGUAG